AGAAUAUUAAUAUUUUCAGGUGUUAGUGGUUCCAUAGUGGCAGUUCUGGCGCUGGCUGUACUGUACGAAUGUGCAAAAGGAUUACAUGUGUAUUUACGAUCUCGCCUUCAAAACCAGAAUGAAAGAACGAAUGUGACGAAAAGAAGGAUUUAUAGGUAAGGUUUUCAUUAUUUCUACUUCCGAGGCGCUUUUCCAGUGACUUAGUGCCCUAUGACAAAAAUUAGAAGUCAUUUGCAUAAGAUAUAACGUGUCUCUCCGAUGUUCGCACAGUGAAUAAACCUAAAAGAGCAUUAUAAAUUUCAUGUGGAACGUCGAGAAAACAGCCCAUCAAAAAAACAUAAACAAACAAACAAAAAAACAAACACAGGAUCAAAAAGAGUAAAAAGGAAUAGGAUAAGGUUACGUGAGCGUAUGAGCGAAGCUUAUUUGCUACAUCGUGGGCGUCAUUGCUUCAAAAGCUUUACACAGCAUUUUUAAAUUGGGGAAACGAAUAAAGGGGGUAAGUUUCUAAAGAAACUGUGUUGCUACGUCGGUGGGAGAGUAUAACAGGGUAAUUUUAGUAUUACCACGAUAAAGAGUUUUCAAGCUGACGUUUCGAGCGUUACCCUUCGCCAUAGCCAUUUUAUGUUAUCAACUCAGUUGAUAAUGCUAAAUUUCUUUUAAAUUGGUCCCGGUUGUCCUAAGGGUGGAUGACGCUAUUCACUGGAUAAAUCUCUAUCCGGUGGAUCGCGCAGAAAGAUUUGCCAAAACGUAUUCGCUGGAUAGCGAUUUAUCCGUUGGAUAGCGUCAUCCUCUCUUUAAAUAAAUGCGCCCUGAAGAGUUUAUCCUUACAGCGUUUCUGUGUGAACAUAAAAGUUACUACUGACGGAAAGCGCUCUUUUUAUGAUUUUGAUGCGCAAAAUGUUUUCCCACCGGAUGAUGAUACUAAAGCUUAUUUAAGCCUUUUGAACUUGCAUAGAGUCGGUAAAUUAUGGCGGAAAUACGUUUCUGUUUUUCUCUCUUUUAAUUUAACCUUUAGGUCGGAAGCUUUCACUCAGUUUUUAAAGACGUGUAUUUUUAUGGCUGAGCUCUCUUUCGCAUAUUUCCUGAUGUUGAUUACUAUGACAUACAACACGUGGCUGUUCAUCGCUGUUGUGAUUGGUCGUGGGCUGGGCUUCUAUCUGGUGACACCGCUGAUGAUCUCAUAUGAAGGCAGAGAGGAGACUGAUGACUACAUUGACAUCUCGAUGGAUUCACUAUCCACACGACAUCAGCAAUUGUGA